AUGGCGAAAGUGGUGUGUCGCCGUGCAGCAACGAUGGCAACCUUUGCUGUCCUUGCCACUGCUCUGCUAUGGAACUUUCCUACAGGUUCCUUCUCUUUCGUCAUCGGCACGAAAGCUGUGGGGAGUGUUCCACUUGCCCCAGCAGCAUCUUCGGGGAGCAUGUGCUCCUCAGCAUCCAGCGGUGCGGCAAGCGUUUUCUCUUCGCGCGUUCUUCAGGCAGCGUCAGCCGUUGGUGCUGGAUCUCUGGCCUUCGCACGAACGAAGGUACUCAGUGAAGGAGAUCCUGUGCCAGGGUGCGUAUGGAGGGUUCGUACUGCGGCACCGAAUGGAGAAAAGACGUGGGCAGAUCUUGAGUCAGAUGCGAUGUUCAAGAACAAAAGAGUUGUCGUUUUCAGCCUUCCCGGAGCGUUUACACCGACUUGCUCAUCAAGGCAUUUACCUGAUUUCGAGAAAGAGUACGAAUCUAUCCUUUCUCUCGGCGUUGAUGAGGUUUACUGCCUAUCUGUCAACGACUCCUUCGUAAUGAACGCCUGGGCGUCCAGCUUAAACGUGAAGAAUGUCAAGAUGAUUCCGGACGGCAAUGGGUGCUUCACCUCAAGGAUGGGCAUGCUGGUGGACAAAACCAAUCUCGGGUUCGGACCGCGAUCCUGGAGAUAUGCCAUGGUGGUACGUGACGGCAUCAUUGAGAAGCUGAUGGUCGAACCGGAGAAGCGCGAUGACGCGGAAGAUGAUCCCUUCGUUGCGUCGGACGUUGGAAGCGUGCUUAAGUAUUUGCGUGAAGCUGCAGAUGUGAAAGGCGCAUAG